AUGAAGUUCUGGACGUCGGUACUGAUGGCCUCCUUCUGUGUCACUCUAUUGUCCGUGAUGGGAGGGCUAAAGGAAAACUACGCCGACAUUGAAAUGAUCAUCGAGGAGUGCAGGGGAGAGGCAAAUGUCCAGCAAUGUGCCAAGAGGUGUUCGAAAACCUUCAAGUGUGCAGAUGUGAACCAUACGUGCUGCUGGACCCACUGUGGAAACAUCUGCUUGGGAAGCGAGUGA